AUGCAAGUGUAUGAUUUGCCGGCGGAAAUGGGGCACGGACAGGCGGCAGGUGACGCGAGGGACAAACGGGCAGUUACAGAGCCGCAUGGCCAGGCACGAGGCAAGAGAGCGUUGCGUAGACGCAACGAAAGUGCGACAACUCGCGCAUUCGGCGUAUCCACGUCCGCCUAUUUAUACGAGCUACCAGGCGGCUACAUGCGGAUCCACGAGGACCUAAUUCAGCGUUGCCGGCGUCCAUCAUGA